GAAUGAAGACAUGAAGAAUACCUUAAAUGCUCAUUCAAAGAUGAAGCCUUUUCUAUGCUCUUUGUGUGGAAAGAGUUACAAUCAUCCAAACAGUUUAAGAAGACAUCAGAUGAUCCACACUGGAGAGAGACCGUACAAGUGUUCACACUGCGAAAAAACAUUCAAUGACUCGGGAAGUCUGAAAGCACAUGAGAGGAUUCACACUGGAGAGAAACCAUUCACCUGUACUCAGUGUGGGAAGAGGUUCACACGAUCAUCAGACCGUAAUCGACACAUGAUGACCCACAGCUCUGCCGCCAUCAGUGAAAGACAAAGACAGAGUUUAUUGAAGGACAGUGAGAAGAUGAGUGAUCCAGAACCCUGCAGAAUUAAACAGGAAGAGACUGAAGAACUAAUAGAUGUGAAGGUGGAGAGUGAAGCACUGAGUGAAAACGAGGAGAAACAUCACGUCAAGAGUGAAGAAAAAGCUCACACAAGCACAGAGCACAGUGUUUUAUUGAACAGCACAACUGUAAACGGUUUCUUGUGCACUCGGUGUGGAAAAAUGUUUGGGCGCAAAUUUGAUCUCAAGCGCCACAUGUGGAUCCACACUGGAGAGAAACCUUACAAGUGUUCACACUGUGACAAGAGAUUCUGUAAGUUACAAGACCUGAAAAAACACAAGAAGAUUCACACUAAAGGGUUUCUCUGCAUUGCUUGUGGGAAGAGUUUCAGGGAUAUAUUUUCUUUACGAAGACACACGCACAAAUCUCUUGAGCUGAAUGAAGACACGAAGAAUCACUUUAAUGUUCAUUCAACGAUGAAACAUUUUUUAUGCUGUUUGUGUGGAAAGAGUUACAAUCAUCCACACAGUUUAAGAAGACAUCAGACGAUCCACACUGGAGAGAGACCUUACAAGUGUUCACACUGCGAAAAAACAUUCAGUGAGUCAGGAGGUCUAAAAGCACAUGAGAGAAUUCACACUGGAGAGAAACCAUUCACCUGUACUCAGUGUGGGAAGAGGUUCACACGAUCAUCAGACCGAAAUCGACACAUGAUGACCCACAGCUCUGCCGCCAUCAGUGAAAAUCAAAGACGGAGUUUAUUGAAGGACAGUGAGAAGAUGAGUGAUCCAGAACCCUGCAGAAUUAAACUGGAAAAGACUGAAGAGCAAAUAGAGGUGAAGAAGGAGAGUGAAGCACUGAGUGAUGAUGAGGAGAAACAUCAUGUCAAAAGUGAAACUGAAACUCACACAAACACUGAACAAAGUGUUUUAAUGAGCAGCACAGCUGUAAAUGCUUUCUCCUGCACACUAUGUGGAAAGAGUUUCAGCCGCAAAUACGGUCUCAUCAUUCACAUGAAGAUCCACGCUGGAGAGAAACCUUACAAGUGUUCACACUGCGACAAGAGAUUCAGAAAGUUACGAGACCUGAAAGGGCACAAGAAGAUUCAUCCCAAAGAGAAACCGUAUCACUGCAUUGCUUGUGGGAGGAGUUUCAGGGAUAUAUUUAUACUCCAAACGCAUACAAAAAAAUUUCAUGGUAAGUUGGUUAUCUAA